AUGAGUAAGCUGCAGAGCGAUGUUCUGCGCGAGGCGAUCACGAACCUGCUGACGGCUUCGAAGGAGAAGAACCGCAAGUUCUCGGAGACGAUCGAGCUGCAGAUCGGGCUUAAGAACUACGACCCCCAGAAGGACAAGCGUUUCAGCGGCUCCAUCAAGCUGCCCCACGUGCCGCGCCCCAAGUACCGCGUGUGCAUGCUCGGAGAUGCGCAGCACGUCGAGGAGGCGGAGAAGAUCAGUCUGGACUGCAUGGGCGUGGAGGCGCUGAAGAAGAUGAACAAGAACAAGAAGCUCGUCAAGAAGCUCGCCAAGAAGUACCACGCGUUCCUGGCGUCCGAGGCCAUUAUCAAGCAGAUCCCCAGGCUGCUCGGCCCCGGGCUGAACAAGGCCGGCAAGUUCCCCACGCUCUGCACUCACCACGAGCCUCUCGAGAGCAAGCUGCUGGAGGCCAAGUCGACGAUCAAGUUCCAGCUGAAGAAGGUGCUGUGCAUGGGCAUCGCGGUGGGCAACUGCGACAUGGAGGAGAAGCAGAUCUUCCAGAACGUGCAGCUCUCCGUCAACUUCCUCGUCUCGCUGCUCAAGAAGAACUGGCAGAACGUCAAGUCGCUCCUGCCUUCCCCCUCAUUCCUUCCCUUCCCUCCUCCAUCCUCCUCCCUCUCCCCCUCUUUGAGCCCACCUCCCUUUCCUCUCUUCAAUCCCGUCUUCCAUCCCCCUUUCCUCCCCGCCUUUCGCCCUUCUUUGCCUCAUCCCUCUACCAUUCCUUCUCCCCACCAUCUCUCCCCCUGCUCCCCAUUCCCAUAUUGGUCGGUUUCACUUCUCCACCCGCCUCUCAAGGUGCUCUGUUGUCGCAUCCUUUCCAUCCUAUCACCGCUGCACCCUGAUUUCGGGCAUCAUCUUCGUAGUUUUCCCGCAUAA